UGCCUUUGUCUAUUGCUAUUGAAAGUUGCAACUAAAAGAAUUUCUCUCUCUCUCUCUCUCUCUCUCUCUUGCCUGUGUCUGCUAUUAGAUUUGAGUCCGAAGCAAUCUCGAGAUCCCUGUGAGAGGGAUUCUGUUCAGAGCUCGAAGCAUUUGGAUCGAUUCCGAGGCAAAUGUAUACUGCCUGAAGAUCUGUGAAUUCCUCUUUGUGUCCAUUGUUCAAACUGAAUUGAAAGAUGCAGAGCCGGGGAUCGAGUAACCGGCUUUCUGGUAUGGUUUUUCGAUCCCGGAUUUCGUCUCUCAUGCUUUCGAUGUUUGCAACAAUAGCUUCAGUUUACGUGGCAGGCCGACUAUGGCAGGAUGCGAAGAACAGAGUAUACUUAAUUGACAAGCUCGAUAGGGUAACUGGUCGGGGGCAGUCAGCUAUAUCAGUUGACGAUACACUGAAAAUCAUUAAUUGCAAGGAACAGCAGAAGAAGUUAUAUGCCCUUGAAAUGGAGCUGGCUACAGCCAAACAGGACGGUUUUGUUUCAAGGUAUGUAACAGAGAGAAAUGGGACUCAUUCUAAGAGAAGUUUGUUAGCCGUGAUAGGAAUUUUUACAAGGUUUGGCCACAAGAACAACAGAGAUGCUAUCCGUAGGGCAUGGAUGCACACUGGUGCAGCUUUGAAAAAACUGGAAGAUGAGAGGGGCAUUGUCGUUCGAUUUGUAAUUGGAAGAAGUGCAAAUCGGGGAGACUUGGAUAAAGAUAUUGACACUGAAAAUAGGCAGACCAAUGAUUUUAUUAUUCUGGAUAAUCAUGUCGAGGCACCAGAGGAGCUUUCAAAGAAGGCAGAAUUAUUCUUUGGUCAUGCUGUAGAUACCUGGGACGCUGAGUUUUAUGCCAAGGUUAAUGAUGAUGUUUAUGUUAAUAUUGACUCCCUGGGUGCAAUGCUUUCUACUCAUUUGGACAAACCUCGUGUUUAUAUUGGGUGUAUGAAAUCAGGCGAAGUUUUCUCUGAACCGAGCAACAAAUGGUAUGAACCAGACUGGUGGAAAUUUGGUGAUAGGAAAUCAUACUUUUGUCAUGCUUCUGGUGAGAUAUAUGCUAUAUCUCGUGCAUUGGCUCAGUUUAUUUCUAUAAACAGGUCUAUUCUUCGAACAUAUGCCCAUGAUGAUGUGACUGUUGGAUCAUGGCUUAUUGGUCUCGAUGUAAAAUACAUGGAUGAAGGGAAGUUUUGCUGUUCAUCAUCAUGGUCUUCAGGUGCUAUAUGUGCAGCAGUUUGAUUGUAUCAGUUCAAAUUCAAUUGAAAAUGUGAAUCAAAUGGCGGAUAUUUCUGUAAAUGGUUCUAGAUCAGAGCUAGUCUCAGAUGUCCAGUAGAUAUCAAAGAAAAUAAAUCCACAUUCCCCGAUCUAGAAAAGGAUCUACCAUUCAUGACUUUCGGAAGAUUGGGAUGAGCUACACAUGGGUGGUGAUUGUUAGAAGCCCAGCAAUGCAGGUAACGGAAUCUGUUUCUCACAAAUUUUAAUGGAUCAGGGAGGAAGGGGUUUCUUUGUGACAUCGGCAUCACCGUAUUUUUUUUUUCUAUAUAAGGAUAUUUCUUCUCCCUUUUUCUUUUUCCCUAGUUAAUGAGGGAGAAAUUAUCAUUCAUUCUUUAUUUUUAAUACCUUCACAAAUUUACCAGUGAUAGAAAGAAAGUUCCGUUUAUUUCUGAUUCAAACAAAAACUUCUUUCCAAUCUCAAUGAGAGUUCUGUAAAACUGCCUUCAGGUUUAUAGCAUAUCAACAAAUUUUAUUUUUUUGGUCUUCAA